AUGAAUGUGUGUGUGUGUGUGUGUGUGUGUGUGUGUGUGUGUGUGUGUGUGUGUGUGUGUGUGUGUGUGUGUGUGUGUGUGUGUGUGUGUGUGUGUGUGUGUGUGUGUGUGUGUGUGUGUGUGUGUGUGUGUGUGUGUGUGAAGCUGACUGCAGUUGUGGCAGCGCGAAAUGGGGAGGGGGAUCGCCACGCCUUUCCAUUCCUUGAUUUUGAUGGGGUCAAAGUAAUCCUCCGUUACAUCAACGCCGGCCGUUUCCAGAAACAAGUCACCCUGGCCCCGGCCCUGCCACAAACUCAGGCCAAUCAAAGAGCUUGCACCCGUGAGCAGCCAAGAUCAAGUCAAAUGCUGCUCUCUCUCCUCUCUCUCUCUCUCUCUCUCCUCUCUCUCUCUCUCUCUCUCUCUCUCUCUCUCUCUCUUUGCUCUUUAUUUCUCUUUCCAUUUCUCUCUCUCUCUCUCUUUCUCGAACCAAUUCGGCCCUCUCUCUCGCUUUCUCUCUCGCGCGCUGCCUGUGUCAACAAUGUCAGCUUUUUCUUCCUGUUGGGGUGGGCUGGUUACUAA